AGAGAGAGAGAUUUUCUUUCGAGAGAGAGAGAUUUUCUUUCGGAUCCGUGGUGUCGCAGCUGCAGAGUUCUGGUCUCUGAUGGACGCUGGAACACGGAAUCAGACUCUGAGAGACCAGAGAACUGGAUCCGGCUGAGGAGGACUGGAUCCGGCUGAGGAGGACUGGAUCCGGCUGGGCUGGAUGGGAUCACGCCGGCUGCGCUGCUGGCUGGAGGAACCAUGCGCAGCUUCUCCUCAGUCCUCCUGCUGCUGGUUCUGUUCGGGUUCUGCAGCAGCACAACUUUCCCAGCUAAUAUCAACAUCGGAGGCCUUUUCCCACCCGGCUCCCAUGAGUAUGAGGUCUUUCGCUUUGCUCUGGCCCAAUACCAGGACGUCGCCAAACUGGUGCCACAGGUGGACAUGGUGGACACUGGCAGCAGCUUCGCCAUGACCUACGCCUUUUGCUCGCAGUUUUCUAAGGGCGUGUAUGCCAUCAUGGGUCUGUACGACCGGCGGACUGUUAACAUGCUGAUGUCCUUCUGCGGCUCGCUGCACGUCUGUUUCAUCACACCGUCCUUUCCUGUCCACACCAACAACCAGUUUGUGCUGCAGCUCAGGCCCCAGCUGCAGGAACCCCUCAUGGCCCUGCUGGAGAACUUUGACUGGACCAGGUUCGUCUACAUGUACAGCUCUGACUCAGGUCUGGCGGUUUUGCAGAGGAUCUUGGACACGGCUGCAGAGCGGAGCUGGCAGGUGACGUCUGUUAACUUGGACACGCUGACAGAAUCAGCCUUCAUCAAGCUGCUGAGUGACCUCGACUACAAGAAGGACUAUCAGAUCAUCAUCGACUGUGAGCUCGACCGGCUCAACUCCAUCCUCAAUCUGAUCGCGGCUCAGAGGAGAAGCUUGAAGAACUAUCACUACAUCCUGGCCAAUCUGGGCUUCCUGGACCUGAACUUCACUGAGUUUCAGAAACUGGCACCAAAUGUAACUGGUUUCCAGUUGGUGAACUGGUCUGAUCCAGAUACGCUGAAGAUCAACCAGGAGUGGAUGGAGUUUGACAGCAAAGACCUGAAGCUGACCCACAGGAGGCUCAGGUACACAGGAGCUCUGACCUAUGACGGUGUGAGCAUCAUGGCAACGGCCUUCCAAAACAUGCGGCGGCAGCGGAUUGACAUCUCUCGCCGUGGCAAUGCAGGGGAGUGUCUCGCCAACCCCCCGGCUCCCUGGGGACAGGGCAUCGACAUCCAGCGAGCCCUGCAACAGGUGCGCCUGGAGGGUCUGACGGGUCAUGUUCAGUUUGACGAGCGCGGCCACAGAACCAACUACACGGUGUCGGUGAUGGAGCUGCGACACACUGGACCCACGAAGAUCGGUUACUGGAACAAGAAGAGAGGCUACAUCAGCACAGCCAUCUACAGGCCGGCGGUGGAGGACUUCUUCUACGGGCUGCAGAACCGCACCUACAUCAUCACCACCAUCCUGGAAGCUCCCUACAUGAUGCUGAAGAAGAACCACGAGCAGUUUGUAGGAAACGAUAAAUAUGAGGGUUACUGUGCUGAGCUGGCCUCAGAGAUUGCCAAACACGUCGGCUUCACCUACCGACUGGAGCUGGUGGGCGACGGAAAGUACGGCGCCAGAGACCCUGACACCAAGAUGUGGAACGGCAUGGUGGGAGAGCUGGUGUACGGGAAGGCUGAUGUGGCGGUGGCCCCGCUCACCAUCACUCUGGUUCGUGAGCAGGUGAUUGACUUCACCAAACCCUUUAUGUCUCUGGGAAUCUCCAUCAUGAUCAAGAAGCCCACCAAGUCCAAGCCUGGUGUCUUCUCCUUCCUCGACCCGCUGGCCUACGAGAUCUGGAUGUGUAUCGUGUUUGCCUACAUCGGCGUCAGUGUGGUGCUCUUCCUGGUGAGUCGAUUCAGUCCAUAUGAACUGAAAAUGGAAGAAUCCGAUGAUGAAAAUGAAACUCCGCCCUCGUCUGGGUCUCGACAAGCCGCACAGACGUCCUCUGAGCUCACUCACUCUCCAGGUGCGUCCCAGACUCAGAACCAGAACCAGAAUCAGAACCAGAGCCUGCAGAAAGAAAAGGACACGCCUGAACACACCAAUGACUUUGGGAUCUUUAACUCUCUGUGGUUCUCGCUCGGGGCCUUCAUGCAGCAGGGCUGCGACAUCUCCCCCAGGUCUCUCUCAGGUCGCAUUGUGGGAGGAGUCUGGUGGUUUUUCACACUGAUUAUCAUUUCCUCGUACACAGCCAACCUGGCAGCGUUCCUCACUGUGGAGCGGAUGGUGUCACCCAUAGAGAGCGCUGACGACCUCGCCAAACAGACAGAAAUUGCCUACGGCACUCUGGACGGAGGUUCCACCAAAGAGUUCUUCAAGCGAUCAAAGAUCGCCGUGUUUGAGAAGAUGUGGUCGUACAUGCGCAGCGCGGAUCCUUCAGUGUUCGUCAAGACCACCACAGAGGGCGUGAUGCGGGUCCGCAAGUCCAAGGGGAAGUAUGCCUACCUGCUGGAGUCAUCUAUGAAUGAGUACAUCGAGCAGCGGAAGCCCUGCGACACCAUGAAAGUCGGAAGCAACCUGGACUCCAAAGGCUACGGCGUGGCCACGCCCAAAGGGUCGGCGCUCAGAAACCCCGUUAACUUGGCAGUGUUAAAACUGAACGAGCAGGGCCUGUUGGACAAAUUGAAAAACAGAUGGUGGUAUGACAAGGGAGAGUGCGGCAUCGGGGGAGGGGACUCCAAGGACAAGACGAGCGCUCUCAGCCUGAGCAAUGUGGCGGGAGUGUUCUACAUUCUGAUUGGUGGACUCGGCCUGGCCAUGCUGGUGGCACUGAUCGAGUUCUGCUAUAAAUCCAGGAUUGAGUCUCGAAGGAUGAAGGAGCUGAUCGACGCCGCCAUGAUGACCACCAGCCUGGGUGCAAUGGCGGGAGGAGGAGGCGGCACUCCAGGAGUGGGCGGGUUAGGAGGAGUAGGGGGCGGAGCCUCGGGGUUGGGAGGUGAGAAUGGACGAGUGGUGGCGCACGACUUCCCAAAGGCUGGAGCUCAGGGUUUGCCCUGUAUGAGCAAGGCAGCAGGUCUGGGACUGUCCUCAACGGGCAUGUGACCAGAACUGAGAUGCCCCAUUGGUCAGAAGGUUCCUGUCUGUCUGUCUGUCUGUCUUCUGUAGGAAUGCUGAGAUGAAGAAAGAACAAACACAGAAAAGGAGGA